AACAAAGAAAACAGAAAAACAAUAAACCCACACUAGGGAAAACAACAAAGAGAGUGACUUCACAUACAACUAUUUAUAUUUAGUCUACUUCAAGGAGUACAAAGAAUCUAUCCCUCCUCUCACUAUAUAAUUUCAUCAAAUCUUUUUCUUUGUUUUACUCUUUCUAACCAAGAAGAAGAUGAUAUAGUUUCACUUCUUCUGCACAACACAGAGAUCUAUUUUCAAGCAAGUUGAUAUACUCAAGACAACUAGAAUUCAUGGAUAACGUUAUUCAGUUGCAGAAGAAGUUAGUUGACUACAAAACCUCUUUGUUCAAUGAGGGAAUUCUGGACGAUCAGUUUACCCAACUUCAGCAACUGCAAGAUGAAAGCAACCCAGAUUUUGUAGUUGAAGUGGUGUCUCUUUUCUUUAAGGAUAGUGAGAGGCUUUUUGAUGAGUUGGCCAAGACCUUAGAUCAGCAGAACGUAGAUUUCAAUAGGUUGGAUGCUCAUGUUCAUCAGCUGAAAGGCAGCAGCUCCAGCAUUGGAGCACAGAGAGUUCAGAAAGUAUGCAUUCUCUUUCGCAACUACUGUGAAGUGAGGAACAUUGAAGAAUGUCUGAAAUGUCUGCAACAAUUGAAGAGAGAGUAUUAUUUCGUGAAAAAUAAGCUUGAAACUCUGUUCAAGCUUGAGAAACAAAUCAUGGAAGCUGGUGGGACAAUUCCAGUGCAAUGAAAUGCAGCAGAUUCAUGAUCAAUCUGCAGAAAAAAUUAAAUAAGCUAGUAUGGAUCAGCUGGCCAUGUAGAGUAAGUACUUUUUUUGUUUUCUUUGUUUGUUGUUGAGUCAGUUGUAGUUCAUGUUCAGGAAGAUUUAAGCUACCAGAGAGGGUUAACCAGAUUUCGAUCUUAAUUAAGCUUUGUAUAAUAUCAUCAUACAAUGUAUCACCAAUGAAGAUCAAGAAUGUAAAUAAAUUAACCCUCCUUUAUCUA